UCUAAUCGGGCUCGAGAUACAAACAAUUAACGGUAACUUGGAAGGAAAAGCACGAGGAUUUUAGACAGAAAAUGUCAGGCAGUUAUGGAGUGGUGGAAGGACAGUUUGAUGAUGUUGAUGACGAAGUAUGUUAUACUACAAAAAAUGAGUUUCACACGUUUGGUGUAACAAAGCAACUGGGUUUUGAAACCAAUGAAUACAAAGAUAACAUAGCGGAUGAUGAUGUUGAUGACGAUGAAGAUUAUGAAGAUGACGAUGAUUUUUAUGACUGGGAUGGAUGUUCGGGAAAUUUUACCAAAAAGUAUAAUGCUGUUAAUUCCCAUACAUCACAGCCCAAUGCUAACCCACCGAAACGGCAACAUCAGAAAAUGACAGCAUAUCAACCUGCAGAAAAAACUUUAAGUAAAUUUGUGGAGAAGAUUAAUGUAGAGAAGUAUGAGGGCCCAGUUUUACCAAAUGCAGCAGCAUCAGCGUUAGUUCAUGCUGGAAGAAAAAUGGACACUGACAGAACAAAAUCCAAGGAUAAGAAGGACCGGGCUACAGCGGAGCAGGUGAUGGACCCUCGGACAAGGAUGAUUCUCUUCAAGUUCCUGCAGCGAGGACUGAUUGCUGAAAUCAAUGGCUGUAUCAGUACAGGCAAAGAGGCUAAUGUGUACCAUGCUACCACACAAAAUCAAGGCGAUAGAGCAAUCAAGGUAUACAAGACUUCCAUUCUUGUCUUUAAAGACAGGGACAAAUAUGUCACAGGAGAGUUUAGAUUUCGUCAUGGAUACUGUAAACACAAUCCAAGGAAAAUGGUGAGAACAUGGGCCGAAAAAGAGAUGCGUAACUUAAGCAGAAUGUACCAGGCAGGAUUACCUUGUCCAGAACCAAUAUUUCUUAAAAGUCAUGUUCUAGUUAUGAGAUUUAUUGGCACUGAUGGAUGGCCUGCACCCCUGUUGAAGGACUGUGAUAUAUCAGAAACAAAGGCACGAGAACUUUAUCUGGAGUGUAUACACAUCAUACGUACCUUGUACCACACCUGUCGACUAAUCCAUGCUGAUCUCAGUGAAUUCAACAUGCUAUACCAUGAUGGAGGAGUAUAUGUAAUUGAUGUCUCACAGUCAGUGGAGCAUGACCAUCCCUGUGCUUUGGAAUUUCUGAGAAAGGAUUGCACAAACGUAACAGAGUUCUUUAAAAAGAAAAAUGUGAGCACACUGACAGUGAAAGAGCUGUUUGACUUUGUGACGGAUGCCACAAUCACAGAGGACAACAUUGACCUCUAUCUGGAGAAGGUCAUGACCUUGGCCUCUGAGCGAAGUACUGAUGACAUCACAGAGCAACAGAAAGUUGACGAGGAGGUGUUUAAGCAUUCUUUUAUUCCAAGAAAUUUGGAUGAAGUGAUUGACUUUGAGCGGGAUGUUAUUAUGGCUAAGGAAGGGCAGACAGAAGGGAUGCUGUAUCACACUCUAACAGGUUUGCAAGAGAACCUGGAAGGAGUUAGAACUCAACCAGCAUUAUUAGCUGAGAAUGAAGAGAAUAAGUCAAAGAGUGAUGAAAGUGAGAGUGAAGAAGAAGAGAGUGGAUCUGACAGUGACAAUGAAGAGGAAGAAGAGGAGGAGGAUGGAGAGGGAGAUAACUCUAAAAAGAAGUCCAUCACCCGACCAAAAAAUGAAACUGCAGAAGACAGAAGAUGUAUGGAUGUAGUUUUGGCACAAAGGAGGCAGCAUCAUUUUGACAGCAACCAGAGAACAUGCAAUAUGACAGUGCUUUCAAUGGUGCCUAAUUUACGAGAAAUCCUGCAGCAACUGUUUGACACAGAAUCAAUAACAGACACUCUGAAAUCCAAUCCAAGCAACAAGCUAGAGCUAUGGGAAGAAUUGAAAAUUUUGAGCGUGACAAGGAUGGUUUGUGUGGUGUAUGCCUGUAGUAUAAUGUCCCUCCUGGUCAGAAUCCAGUUAAAUGUGAUUGGUGGAUACAUCUACCUACAGAAUAACAAUACCUCUACUCAUAACAGCGAGAAACCAGAAGGUGCACCAGGUCAAACACCAGUACGUGUCAUACCAAAGCCAGCCCAGGAGAAGUACCUGUCCGAGAUCAAGCACUUCAUGGAUAAAGGCAUCUGUCAGCUUGGUGAACUCAUUAAAUCAGCUGUGAAGAAAGAAAUUUCAAGCAUUUCUCUGAAAGAGCGGCUAACAUUUCACAAUGUUGAGUCCUGUUUACAACACAUCAGAGAGAGGCUGGAAACAAGUCCUGAGAUCUCCAAUUUGUCUUCUCCAACCCUACAGUUGUGUCCUUACAUGUUUCCACCAGAAAACUCUGUCACUCAAGGUACAGAUGAAAUUCAUGAAGGCCUCAUGCAAGAAACUAGAGAUAUUUUAGAAAGUGCUGACUUUCAUAUCGUACUGAAAACAAGUCUUGACAGAGGAUUCCAGAAACUGCUAGACUUACUUGCUGAGAGUUACAAAACAAAUCUACAGUCUGGUGACCCAAAUAGCAGUCACAAUACAGAAUAUUUGCUGGGAGGAAUUCCAAUGGCAAAGUUGAUUCCAAUUUUCAAUGGCAGCCUGUACAAGCUUUGCAGUGAUGCUCCAAAUCCACUCCUUCAGGAACUCUUGCUUUUGGAAUCGGCCAAGACUUUAGCUGCCAAUGUUUAUGAGGCAUUUAGUCAACCUACUUCAUGAGUAGAUAUUGCAAAAAAUGUUCAUGAAUUUUUUUUAUGGGGACUUUAAUCUUUUACUGCUAAUGUUUAUAAUUGAUCUUACUUGCAAUUUUAUUUCAAAUGAGGGCAUUUGUAUUAGAACUUGUCAUGGAAAUCAAUGAUGAUGUUUAUUUUAAUCACUCUUAUGAGUACAAUAUAUACCCCGGUAAAAGGAAUGCUCCAUAAUUUUUAUUCAAAAUCUUUUAUAAUAGGUGGGAUUGCAAAUUUUCAAAACGCUUUGAAAUGUAAAUUAUGUUGAAUGUAAAUUAUGUUGUUUAAAAUUGUGCAUAUUGAAGAAAGUGGUUCUGUUGUCUUGACCAGUAAUUUGUUACUUUAUAUUGUAAAUCCCAUUGCAUUCUAGAUGCAGGAUGAAAGAUAUUGUAAAUCCCAUCGCAUUCUAGAUGCAGGAUGAAAGAUAUUGUAAAUCCCAUCGCAUUCUAGAUGCAGGAUGAAAGAGAACAUACUAGUGAAUAUGUUAAUCAGUAAGCCUGGUGAACUAAUGUUGAAAGAGAUCAUCUUUAUUAAUGAUUUAUCAUAAGAGUAUCUGCUUUUUUAUAAGUUUCUGUUGUUCUUACUUGAUUUGUAUUGUCAUUUGAAGAACUGAUGCAGUUUUGAUGAUAAUGAUUUGUAAUAAAUAUGUUUCUAUGUUAAAACAAAAA